AUGCCAAAAGACAAAGACCGCACCGUUAACCCCGCCCUAGCACAGCGCAAACUCGAGAAACAAAAAACACUCAAGAAAAGCAAAUCCGAGGCGCUGGCCCGCCGAAACGAGAAACUCGCACGACGUAACCCGGAGCGCAUCCAACGACAAAUCAACGACAUAAAGUCACUAGAAGAGUCUGGCCAACAGCUACGACCACGCGAGAAAGAACUCCUGGAGGCUCUGGAGCGGGAUCUGCGCGCCGUACAGAAGGCCCGAGAAGCGCUGGGUGACAAGGCACCGAAGUUCGAGGGCUCCGGACCGGGACCGGGACGACGGGGAGGGUUCCACGGCGACUACCAGAGAGGAGGUGGAGACGGGGGUGUACUAGGGAAGAGACGGAGGGAUGGAGGACGGGACAGUGAGAGCAGUGAGACAGAUGAGGAGGUGAGGAGGAUCCCUAUGCCGCGGGAUACGCCGCCGCCUAUCCCUCGACAGUAUCAAAAAAGAAGACACGGGGAUGCAGCUGGCGCUGGCGGUGCUCGUGGGCCGCAUGCUCUUCCGGCGAAACCAGCUGUGGUGGAGUCUAAGACAGUGUACGAGGCGAAGCCAGAGAUUAAGGAUCUACGACAGGAGGCCGUCAAUAAAUUCAUUCCGGCAGCCGUGAGGGCCAAACAGGAAGCUAUCCGAGGCCAAGGAAAGCUAUUGGAGCCGGAGGAAAUGGAUAAGCUGGAGAAAGCAGGUUAUAAUGCGGGCCCAGCACAUAAAAUAGAAAACCAAGUCACGAGUCAGGAUGGUGCCGAUGAUGAUGAUAACCAGCAACGGUUAUUAGAGGAGGAAAAGCGCUUCAACCAGGAAUUGAGGUCGGUGCAGAUUGAAGAGGUUGAAGACGAAGAGGCGUAA